CCUUGCUGGGGGGAAGAGAAAGGGGCCGCUAUUCCGUUGUAGGGCUGGUUAGAUUGAGGCGGGCUAUUUUGGGGGAGCCAUCAGACGGAGAGAGAGAGCGAGAGAGAGAGCACCGCACACAGAGAGAAGCACAGAUUUAAGCGGUGCUCUAUAAGAGUCUACUCUGAGACUCGCGCAACAGAUUUGUAUGCGUGGAAGGGAUCUUAGAUAACUCACUCUCACUUUGGACGUUGUGUUUUCUAGUAGAAAUGACUGCGGAACGCACCCUGUUUUUUUUAUGCUCCAACGUGUUUAAAUGGGGAUAUCUAGCUCUUGGAGAAGGCGCUGCGAUUAGCCUAAUGACUGUCGUCGGGGCGCAGUGGAUUCGUUGAGUUCAUUAGGCUACAAUAACGGAAUCAGUGCUGGCUGCGUAAAGGAGCUAUUUUGGAACUACUUUCAGAAUCACCCAAAGGGAUUUUACUUUAAAGAUGGAACCUGGACAAAUAAUCUGCGGAUUGUAUAUCCGAAUAUGGAUACUUCUCGCCGUUAUGGCAGUGGCCACGCAAAACGUCAAAGGUAAAACGUUAAAAUAUCAAGUUUACGAGGAACAGAAGGUGGGGACUGUUAUUGGACGGCUUAAAGAAGACCUGGCUGCGGUUUUGGUCAAACUCCCAAGUUCUGUGUCUUUGCGUUUCCGAACCAUGCAGAGAGGUAGCACGUCUUUCCUAUCCGUGCGCGAGCAGGACGGAGAGAUCAGCAUCCGUUCCAAAAUAGACAGAGAGAAGCUCUGCGAGAAGAACCUCAACUGUUCCAUUGAAUUCGAUGUUCUGACUCUUCCAACAGAACACUUGCAGCUCUUCCACGUCGAAGUGGAAGUGUUGGACAUUAAUGAUAACGCGCCCCAGUUCGCCCGCGCCGUAAUCCCCAUCGAGAUCUCCGAGAGCGCGGCAGUUGGGGCGCGCAUUCCCCUGGACAGCGCGAGUGACCCCGACGUCGGGGAGAACUCCCUCGAUACUUACUCCCUCGAGCCCAACAACUACUUCAAGAUUGACAUUCAGAGCAGAACGGACGGGGCUAAGUACUCGGAGUUGGUGGUGCUAAGGGAGCUCGACAGGGAGAUGCAGCCAGGUUAUGAACUUCAGCUGACGGCCUCCGAUAAGGGCGUUCCCCCUAAAUCAGGUUCUACUCUCCUCAGAAUUAGCGUGGCAGAUUCAAACGACAACAGUCCUAUUUUCGAACAGUCUUCAUAUGUGAUUCAUCUAUUGGAGAAUUCACCUGUUGGAUCUCUUCUUAUUGACCUGAAUGCGACUGAUGCAGAUGACGGAACCAACGCCAAAAUCGUCUACUCCUUUAGCAGUCACGUGUCCCCGAAAAUCGUGGAAACGUUCAAGAUCAACUCAGAUAACGGCCACCUGACGCUCAUGAAGCGCGUGGACUUUGAAAGCGCGACAUCAUAUGACAUUGAUGUCCAAGCCCAGGAUAUGGGCCCCAACUCCAUGCCAGCACACUGCAAGAUCUUCAUCAAGGUAGUGGACGUAAACGACAACAAACCAGACAUCAGCAUCAAUCUGAUGUCCCAAGGGGACAGAGGCAAGGAGGACGCAGCCCAUAUCUCAGAGGCCGCUCCAUUGGAUUCCUUCGUGGCCUUAGUAAGAGUGGAGGACCUAGAUUCCGGUCUGAACGGAGAGGUUGUGUGUAAACUCCAUGGCCAGGGGAGUUUUAAACUACAGAAGACGUACGAGAACAACUACAUGAUCCUCACUAACGUCUCGCUGGAUCGGGAGAAGAGGUCAGAGUUCAGCUUGACGGUCAUCGCCGAGGACCGCGGCACGCCCAGCCUCUCGACCAUCAAGCACUUCACCGUGCAUGUGCUGGAUGAAAACGACAACGCUCCACGCUUCCAGAAGGGACGCUAUGAGGUAUUCAGAUCAGAGAACAACGCGCCUGGGGCCUACCUCACGUCGCUAUUGGCAACCGACCCCGACCUGGACGCCAACAGCCAGGUGAGCUACUUCCUGGUGGAGAACAGCGUUCACGGGAGCUCUAUCUCCACCUUUGUCACCAUAGACCCGUCCAACGGUGCUGUUUACGCCCUCCGCACGUUCGACCGCGAGGACAUCAGCCGGAUAUCCUUCGUAGUCCAGGCCAAGGACGCCGGGGAACCCUCGUUGCUGAGCAACGCCACCGUUGUCUUGACAAUCCUAGACGAAAACGACAACCCGCCGGUCAUCGUGGUUCCGCAGCUCUGGAACCUCACGGCCGACGUCCCCGUCUCCAAGUACACCGAGGCCGGUAGCCUGGUUACCGCUGUCAGGGCGACCGACCGAGACACCGGCGUCAACGCAGAACUCACAUGUUCAAUCACUGCCGGCAACGAGGAAGGCUUCUUCUCUAUGGAUCCUAGAACGUGCGAGAUCAGCGCCAACGUUAGCCUCGACAUGUUUCCCCACGAGUUUGCGGAGCUCACCGUCCUGGUCAGUGACCACGGUUCCUUGCAACAGACCACCAAGGCCGUCCUAAAAAUCAGCCUCUAUGAGAACAUGGAGGGCCACGUGCAGGUGCUGGACCAGGGGGAGACGCCGCUCGACGCCUCCCUCAUCAUCAUCAUGUCCCUGGGGGCCAUCUGCACUAUGCUCCUGAUCAUCAUGGUGAUGUUCGCCGCCCGCUGCAACCGAGAAAAGAAAGAUACCAGGAACUCAUACAACUGCAGGGUGGCGGAGACCAACCACCAGCAUCACCCUAAGAAACCGUCGCGGCAGAUCCACAAGGGUGACAUUACACUUGUUCCCACGGUGAAUGGGACUCUACCAAUCAGAGCGCACCACCGCUCACCCUCGGCCACGCCCCCCAUGGACCGGGCGCCAAUGGGAAGCCGGCAGAGCCACCACAGCCACCAGUCACUGAAUAGCCUGGUGACGAUAUCGUCCAAUCAUAUCCCGGAGAGCUUCGCCCUGGAGUUGGCCCACGCUACGCCACCCGUCGAGCAAGUCUCACAGCUUCUGUCCAUGCUCCAUCAGGGUCAGUAUCAGCCUCGACCCUGUUUCCGUGGCAACAAAUACUCCAGAAGCUACAGGUAUGCAUUGCAGGACAUGGACAAGUUCAGCUUGAAGGACAGUGGUCGUGGGGACAGCGAUGCGGGGGACAGCGACUAUGAUAUGGGACGAGAGUCCCCCAUCGACCGUCUGCUGGGGGAUGGCUUCUCUGAGCUCUACCACCUGGACAUGCUCCACAGACUACACCCAGCUAUGCGCCUAUGCACUGAGGAGUGUCGUGUGUUGGGCCAUUCUGACCAGUGCUGGAUGCCUCCCCUGGCCCUCUCCCUGUCCUCCCCGGCCUCCUCCUCCUCUGACUACCGCAGCAACAUGUUUAUCCCAGGGGAGGAGUCCUCUAACCAGCCCCCCCACCUCCUCGAUGACGACCAGGCGUCCAUCGACUCCUCGGAGCGCAGGAAGAGCUUCUCCACCUUCGGGAAGGAGCCCGGGAGUUCUGAGGAGGGAGGGGUCAGUGAAGGGAGUUCCUUGCUUUCGGAGAUGAACGGAAUCUUCCAGCGCCUGCUUCCUCCGUCACUGGACUCGUACGCCGAGUGCAGCGAAAACAACGUUGCUGCCGCGGCAACGGAAAGAGGAAGUGGAAAGGGUGGCCACGCCAAGGUGCUGUUACCGGGCGGAAACAACACCAAAGGCCCCGCCUCCUACCCGGCGGGCGUGGCGGCGUGGGCGGCGAACACCCACUAUCUGAACCCCGGAGGCGGAGCUGUCGGCCAAAGCCCAUCAAGUCACAACACCAACAACCUCACCAACAUGGCCACCUCGUCCACCUCCUCUUCCUCCUCCAACCAGCCACCACACCUAAGAUGGCUGCCUGCCAUGGAGGAGAUCCCAGAAAACUACGAGGAGGAUGAGCUGGAGAGUAUGUUAGGGAUGGGGUACCUGGGAGGGAAGCAGCGCAGUGACAGACACGAUGACAUGAUGGACGCUAGUGAGUUGGUCACCGAGAUUAAUAAACUACUACAGGACGCCAGACAGACCUAGAGAGAGACGGAGAGAGAGACGGAAUGAGAGAGAGAGAUGGAGAGAGAGAGACAGAGAGAGAGAGAGACGGAGAGAGCGAGAGACGGAGAGAGAGAGAGACAGAGAGACAGAGAGAGACAGAGAGAGUGAGAGACAGAGAGACAGAGACCAAUGAGAGGCCAAGGACAAUUAUACAGGAAACUGAUCCUAUAGCACUGAUGGUUUUUCUGGGAUCUUAAGACCUUUUAAACGUUGGUGAGACGUUUCAAUGUUGUUUGUGACGUUGUGGUUGGGCCACAGAUCAACAAGGCUUGAACUAACGCCCAGAGACACGUUUCUAAACUCCUUCAUGUUUCUAACACUGUGAAAGAAGUCUGAGAGAAAUGACUAUGAACAGCGUUGGCAUUUAUAAUGUACAGCCCACGUUACUGUGAAAAGAGAUGCCCUCAAAAUGUUGUCAUAUGUGUCCUUGUCAUGUCAACGUUAACAACUGUGGUGUACAUUGUAAAAACAGGUGUACAAAGCCCUUUGUAUUUUAAAAAUACACACUUUUAUACUCUCUCUUUCUAUCUAUAUUUAUAUGUAUGUUUGUACAGAAGAAAAACAAAUGAAAAACAAAUAUUUUUUGAUAUUUUCCAUCAUAUCAUAUAUUAUCAAUCCAUGUAGUUUUUUUUUUACUCCAACGUUAUUUGUAUUUUGUAUUUUGUGUAAACGGUAGAUAUUUUAUUAUUGAAAGUGUGUGUGUCAAGCACACGUCGCCGUGGUGUAAGGUCGGCAGUGUGUGUCCCACGUCCAAUACGGCAUCCUCUUCCCUAGAAGCUCAGAGUCCUAGACACUAUCUGGAGAAUGUGGUUCCGUUUGGGAUGUUGCCUGCGUGUCUGUGUGGUACCUGUCAGUGUAUCACUUUUCAUUGUGACCAACAGAUUGGACAUAAUAAAGCUGAAGUCAA